GUCUGGAGAUACUACUACUCCUACCAGCAGCAUUGGAGUGUACUUGUGUAGUACUGCACUCCCCUGCUCUGCUUCACAAUGAUCAGUGUGUGAUUACUUCCAACAGUCAAAACCCAUCUCCCUCUUUUUUUCCUUUUUUAUUUUUUUUUCCCCCUGGAUGUAUCGUAUGUAUAAAGAGUCCUUUGUAGGUCAUUCCCCAAAUCUAUCAUGGAUGAUGAUCUUAUCGGCGGUCACGCUCCCCUUCCCUCCUCCCGACUCUUGUCUGAGACUCUUGAAGUACUCGCCCGGAGUACAACGAUGCUUGCUUGCAGGUCCCACGGUCCAGCUGCUGUUCCCGCCUUUCUUUCUUCCCCCAUCAAUCACAUCAUUCUCUCUCUCUCUCGCUCUCUCUAUUCUCUUACUUCCUCUUCCCCCUCCCUUCUUCUUUUUCCCAUUCUUCAGUCAUCACUCCUCAUCCCUUGUCUUCGUGGCCUUCGACUUUAUCUACGAACCUACUCUUUGUUCUUGUUCUUUCUUCAUCCCUCAUCGUCCAAGCUGCACUCUUAUUUGCCAUCCGUCCUUCAUUUACUUUCACGCCGCGACCUACAACGACAUACCUCAUCUGCCGAAUUUAGUAUAUGUCUAUCAGCACUACAGCUUAGGCCACGCCCAACCACCCCCCUGUAGCUGUCGCCUCCAUCCUAUCAUACACACCCCCGUCUAUCCGCCUCACCGCUCUCCUGCUUCCUACGACGCCGACACCUAUUCUCGACCUAUCCACUACCUUUGAGUCGAUCCCUCCCCUCUCCUACACCCAGACCCUGUCGAACAGGUAGAAAGCGUCUACCUAUCCCUUGUCCUGUCGCCUGCGCUUCCCUGCCGCUCUGCCCGGCGUUCCUUGACUAGCUCCACUCCGUCGCGGUCGACCAUUAUUCUCUCAACCAUAUCUAUCGCUGUCCCCG